CGGAAGUGGUUGUGCUCGUGCCUCAAGUGGGGGAGGGGCCUCAGCAGCGGAGCGCUUUUCCCGUGAGCCUUUGCGACUUGCCAGUGUGAGCUUGGCUAGCUCUCAGGUAGCUAAUGGUGCCGCCUCUGCUUCCUUUCCAUGGAUCUGCAACGGUUCCAGGAGGGGGACCCAGAAGACUGGACCUUCCAGCCAUCGCAGGCCCCUCCUUUGAGAUGGAGGAGCCAUGUGCCAAGAUACUUGCGCUGGAAACGUUUCGUUUAGAGCAGGUUCCACCAACUGUCUAUUAUAUUCCAAACUUCAUCUCUGAGUCGGAGGAGGCCUAUCUGCUGCACCAGGUUUAUGCUGCCCCCAAACCCAAGUGGACCCAGCUGUCUGGAAGAAAGCUGCAGAACUGGGCUCCUCUCUGUAUCCUCUGCCUCCCAGGAGGGCUGCCCCACCCAAAAGGGAUGGUACUGGAGAAGCUGCCUGCCUGGCUGCAGAGCUAUGCUGAGAAGAUCUCCUCCCUCGGAGCAUUUGGAGGGAAGCUGGCAAACCACGUGCUGGUGAACGAGUACCUCCCUGGGCAGGGGAUCAUGCCUCAUGAAGAUGGACCUCUGUACUUCCCCACCGUCACCACCAUCAGCCUGGGAUCUCACACGCUGCUGGACUUCUACCAUCCCUUCAGUAGGGGGCAGCAUGCAGACAGUGAGCAGGUCCCCAUGCCCCAGACAGAGGAGCAGCGCCACUUCCUGUCCCUGCUGCUGGAGCCGCGCAGCCUCCUGGUCCUGCGGGAGGACAUGUACGUCCGUUACCUGCACGGGAUCCGACCCGCCGCCUCUGACGCCAUCACGGAGAAAGUGACCAACGUGGCGGCCUGCGGCGCGGUGCUCGGGGACGAGCUGCGCCGGGGAACCCGGGUGUCGCUCACCAUCCGCCAUGUCCCCAAGGUGCUGAAAACGGCCAUUUUCCUGGGCAGGGGGAAGUGAGGGGAGAAGUUUGCUUCCCUCCUUCCCAGGCUCUUGCCGGAGAAUGGUGCCGUGAAACGCGCAAUCAACAAGGGGGUAGGGAGGCCCAGAUGUGGAAGGCUGCAGAGACCCCAUCCUGCGGCGCGCUGGGAGAGCGGGAAGAGCGUCUCGCCCGCAGGGGAAGAGAAGAGCAGCCUCUGGGGUCAUCUGUACGAAGGCGCAGAGCCUUGGACAGGAAGCAGUGUGGUCUAGUGGUUAGAGCGAGAGGCCAGGGUAUCAGAACUCCUGGGUUCUAUUCCUGGCUCUGGGAGGGGAGUGAGCUCUAGUGGCUAGAGCAGGGGAUAGGAAGCCAGAAGGCCUGGCUGCCUACUCCCCACUUUUGCUGCUGCCUCACCAUGUGACCUUAAGGGACUCUCCCCUCCACCUCCCAGUGCCUUAGUUUCCCUGGAUGGGACAUGGCAGGGGUUGCUAUCCGUUGGUAAAGCACCCUGAGCACUUCAGCAGCGCAUGGCGGGCUCGCCUGCUCCAACCUACAUUCAAACACGUUCAUUUAAACUGAUAAACUCUAAUAAAGGCGGGGUGGGUCAUUCCACCUCGCUGGGGGCUC